AUGCCGGGCGCAUACAAAGGAGAGUGUGGGGACGAAGUGGACCCCAUGCCCUUCCUUGCUCCCACUGAGAAGGAGCGGUUGGAGGCCAUGGCUAAGCCCUAUGACAUCAAGAAGUCCUGUUGGGUGAAGGACGAGAAGGAAGGCUUCAUCGCCGGCGAGAUCCAGUCAGAGCAGGGGGAACAAAUCACUGUCAAGACUGUUAAAAACUCUACCAUCACUGCAAAGAAGGAUGAUGUUCAGCAAAUGAACCCUCCGAAGUUCUAUCAGGCCUCUGACAUGGCUAACCUGACCUUCCUGAAUGAAGCCAGUGUUAUGGACAACCUUCGCCAGCGUUACGUUAAUAUGAGAAUCUAUACGUACUCUGGCUUGUUCUGUGUGACUAUAAACCCCUAUAAGUGGCUCCCCAUCUAUGGGUCUAAAGUUGCCCAAAUUUACAAGGGGAAGAAGCGCAAUGAGGUGCCUCCCCAUCUCUUCUCCAUCUCUGACAAUGCCUAUCAUGACAUGUUGAUGGAGCAUGAAAACCAGUCUAUGCUGAUCACUGGAGAAUCCGGUGCUGGUAAGACUGAGAACACCAAGAAGGUCAUCCAGUACUUUGCCAAUGUCGGAGCCACUGGGGGAAAACAGACAGUGACAGACUCCAAGGGUUCCCUGGAAGAUCAAAUCAUCCAGGCCAAUCCUGUUCUGGAAGCUUUUGGUAAUGCCAAGACUACAAGGAACAACAACUCCUCUCGAUUUGGAAAAUUUAUCCGAAUCCACUUUGGGCCAACAGCUAAGCUGGCUGGUGCAGACAUUGAGAGCUAUUUGCUGGAGAAGUCUCGUGUCAUCUCACAGCAAGCUGCAGAACGUGGCUACCACAUCUUCUACCAGCUUCUCUCAGGGAAAAGGCCAGAACUGAUUGAGGCACUGCUGCUGCAUCCAGACCCCAAACACUAUACUUGGAUCUGCCAGGGGGUGACUGUGGUGGACAAUAUGGAUGAUGGAGAGGAGUUGAUGCUCACUGAUGUAACAUUUGAUGUGCUGGGCUUUACCCUAGAGGAAAAAAUGAGUAUCUACAAGCUGACCGGUGGAAUCAUGCAUUUUGGCAACAUGAAAUUCAAGCAGAAGCCAAGAGAGGAGCAGGCUGAAGUUGACACCACCGAGGUGGCUGACAAAGUCAGCCACCUGAUGGGAAUAAACUCAGGUGACCUGCAGAAGGGAAUCACCAGGCCCCGUGUAAAGGUGGGCAAUGAGUUUGUGACCAAAAGUCAGACCCUAGACCAGUGCAUCUACUCUAUUGGAGCACUGGGCAAAGCCACCUAUGACAGGAUGUUCAAAUGGAUGGUCACCAGGAUCAACAAGACCCUAGACACCAAGAUGCAGCGGCAGUACUUCAUAGGCGUGCUGGACAUUGCUGGCUUCGAAAUCUUUGAGUUCAACAGCUUUGAGCAGCUGUGCAUCAACUUCACCAACGAGAAGCUGCAGCAGUUCUUCAACCACCACAUGUUUGUGCUAGAGCAGGAAGAGUACAAGAAGGAGGGCAUUGAAUGGACCUUCAUUGACUUUGGCCUGGAUCUGCAGGCUUGCAUUGAGCUUCUGGAAAAGCCUAUGGGAAUCUUCUCCAUCCUGGAAGAGCAGUGUGUGUUCCCAAAGGCCACAGAUGCCACCUUCAAGGCUGCCCUGUAUGAGAAUCAUCUGGGCAAGUCCAGCAACUUCAUGAAGCCCAAAGGUGGGAGGAAAGGCCCAGAAGCGCAUUUUGAACUGGUCCACUAUGCAGGCACAGUGGGAUACAAUAUCUCAGGCUGGCUGGAGAAGAACAAGGAUCCCCUGAAUGAGACCGUGGUUGGCCUCUUUCAGAAGUCCACCGUUCCACUGAUGGCUGUCCUUUUCAAAGAGGAGGAGUCAGCCGCCGGGACCAAGAAGCAGAAGAAGGGAGCAUCCUUCCAGACCGUCUCAAACUUCUAUAGGGAGCAGCUGAACAAGCUGAUGACCACCCUGCGCAGCACAGCACCUCACUUUGUGCGAUGCAUCGUCCCCAAUGAGUUUAAACAAUCAGGCGUCUGUGAUGCCCACCUCGUCCUGCAUCAGCUGGCCUGUAACGGUGUGCUGGAGGGGAUCCGUAUCUGCAGAAAGGGCUUUCCCAACAGGCUGCAGUACCCCGAGUUCAAGCAGAGGUACUAUGUCCUGAACCCCAACGUCAUCCCCAAGGGAUUUGUAGACAAUAAAAAAGCAUCAGAGCUGAUUCUGGGUACCCUUGGUUUGGACAACUCAGAAUACAGAAUAGGACACACUAAGGUGUUCUUCCGUGCUGGAGUACUGGCCAAGCUGGAGGACAUGCGAGAUGAGCGGCUCGCAAAAAUCAUGACAAUGCUUCAGGCUCGUUCACGUGGCUUCAUCAUGAGGAUUGAAUUUAAGAAAAUGCUCGAGAGAAGAAUGGCUCUCAUUGCUAUCCAGAGGAACGUGCGCAAGUUCCUCAAACUUCGCUUUUGGGGUUGGUGGAAGCUUUACACCAAGGUCAAGCCUCUGUUGCAUGUGGCUCGCCAGGAGGAAGAGAUGAAGGCCAAGGAAGAGGAGCUGCGAAAUGCACUGGAGAAGACCCAGGAGAUGAUGGAGAAGAUCAAAGACUUGGAGGAGAAGCUGGCCACUCUCUCAAAAGAGAAGAGUGACCUGGCUUUGGCCCUGGCUGGGGAGCAAGAAACAACAGCAGACGCAGAGGAACGCUGCACCCAGCUGAUGAAGCAGAAGAUCGACAUGGAGGGCGAGAUCCAGGACAUGAAGGAGCGAUUGGAGGAGGAGGAGGGCGUUGCUAGUAGUCUGAGCGGUCAGAAGCGCAAGCUGGAAGGAGAGGUCAUUGACUUGAAGAGGGAUCUGGAGGGGCUGGAGUCCACUCUGGCCAAGACUGAGAAAGAAAGACAGGUCUUUGACCAGAAGGUGCGUACACUAUCAGGAGACCUUGGCCAGAGAGAUGACCUCAUUGGCAAGCUUCAGAAGGAGAAGAGAGCUCUAGAGGAGCUUCAGCAGAAAACUCUGGAUGACCUUCAAGUGGAGGAAGAUAAGACAAACCACCUCACCAAAAAUAACAGCAAGCUCACAACCCAGCUUCACGAGCUGGAAGACACCUGGGAACAAGAGAAGAAAAUCCGUUCUGAGGUGGAGAAAGCCCGACGCAAAGCAGAGGGUGACCUGAAGAUGACCAUCGACAACCUUAGUGAAAUGGAGAGAGCAAAGCUCGAUCUGGAGGAGGUGGUCAAAAAGAGGGACUUUGAGAUCAACCACUUGAACUCAAAAUGGGAGGAUGAGCAGUCACUCAGCUCUACUCUUCAGAGGAAGCUCAAAGAGCACCAGGCCCGCAUUGAAGAGCUGGAAGAGGAACUGGAAGCUGAGAGGGCAAUCAGAGCCAAGGUCGAGAAACAACGCGCAGACCUCUCCCGUGACCUGGAGGACCUCGGGGACAGGCUGGAGGAGGCAGGGGGUGCCACCGUCACUCAGAUCGAGCAGAACAAGAAGCGGGAGGGCGAGCUUCUGAAGCUGCGCAGGGAACUGGAGGAGGCGGCGCUGCAGGCCGAGGCCACGUCCUCCGCCCUCCGCAAGAAGCACUCCGACGCCAUGACAGAGAUGGCCGAGCACAUGGAGAACCUGCAGAGGGUCAAGAUCAAGCUGGAGAAAGACAAGCAGGUCAUGAAGGCCGAGAUCGAUGACCUCAAUGCCACCGUUGAAUCCAUCCAGAAGUCCAAGUUGAACUCUGAGGCACAUGUGCGCAAGUUGGAGGACAGUCUAGCUGAAGCCAGCGCCAGGCUGGCAGAGAUGGAGAGGUCCCACACCGAGUUGAAUGCUAUAAAGGGUCGCCUGUCAGUUGAAAACAGCGACCUCACUCGUGAACUGGAAGAAGCACAGAGCAAGCUCAACCAGAUCACACGCGUCAGGGCUGCAGUGGUCACCCAGAACGAUGAGCUCAAGAGGCAGGUCGAUGAAGAGUCCAAGGGCCGCAGUGCAGCUGUGGUGGGCCUGGCUAAUGCCCGGCAUGACCUAGACCUACUGAAGGAGCAGCUUGAGGAGGAGCAGGAAGGCAAAUCCGAGAUGCAGCGCCUCAUCUCCAAGCUCAACACUGAGGUGGCCACCUGGAGGACUAAGUAUGAGACUGAUGCCAUCCAGAAAACUGAGGAGCUGGAGGAGACCAAGCGUAAACUGGCAGCUCGGCUCCAGGAGGCAGAGGAAGCUGCAGAGGCGGCCCAGGCCCGUGCUGCAAGUUUGGACAAGGUCAAAAACAGGCUUCAGGGAGAGGUGGAAGAUCUUACUAUUGACCUGGAGAAGUCCAAUGCUGCAGCUGCUGCGCUGGACAAGAAGCAACGGACCUUUGACAAGAUGAUCGCUGAGUGGAGCCAGAAGUGUGAGGAGCUGCAGGUCGAAUUGGACACCUCCCAGAAAGAGUGUCGCAACUACAUGACCGAGAUCUACAAACUCAAAACCUCCUUUGAAGAGUCACUGGAACAACUGGAGGUUGUGAAAAAGGACAACAAAACCCUUACAGAGGAGAUCAAAGAUCUUGUGGAUCAGCUUGGUGAGGGUGGUAAGAGUUACCAUGAGCUUCAGAAGGCAAAGAAGAAGCUGGAGGUGGAGAAGGAAGAGCUACAGAUGGCCCUAGAGGAGACGGAAGCUUCUCUAGAGGCUGAGGAGGCAAAGGUGGUUCGUGUUCAGCUGGAGCUGGCCCAGGUCAAAGCCGACAUUGACCGUCGAAUUCAUGAGAAGGAGGAGGAAUUUGAGAUUACAAGGAAGAACCAUCAGCGCGCCAUAGAGUCCCUCCAGGCCAGCCUGGAGGCAGAGGCCAAAGGCCGCGCUGAGGCUCUGCGUCUGAAGAAGAAGAUGGAGACUGACCUGAACGAGAUGGAGAUCCAGUUGGAUCAUGCCAACAAGAACAACAGCGAGCUGGUCAAGACUCUCAAGAGACUGCAGCAGCAGAUCAAGGACAUGCAGGUGCAGAUGGACGAGGACGCCCGUCAGUACGAGGAGCUGAGGGAGCAGUACACCCUGCAGGAGCGGCGCCUCAGCCUCCUGCAGACGGAGCUGGAGGAGGUGCGCAGCGGGCUGGAGGCCUCCGAGCGCUCCCGCAAGCUCAUCGAGCAGGAGCUGGUGGAGAUCACCGAACGCCACAACGAACUCAACGUGCAGAACCACAGCUUGACCAUCAUAAAGCGGAAAAUGGAGCAGGACCUGACCCGAAUCUCCAACCACAACGAGGAGCUGAUCAGCGAAUUCCGUGCCGCUGACGAGAGAGCUAAGAAGGCCUUUGCUGACGCCACCCGCAUGGCAGAGGAGCUGCGGCAGGAGCAGGACCACUGUAGCCACCUGGAGAAGAUCAAGAAGAACAAUGAGAUCACCAUCAAAGAGAUGCAGGUGAAGAUAGAGGAGGCUGAGCAGAUGGCUCUCAAGGCUGGGAAACGCACCAUCCAGAAACUGGAGGCCCGGGUGAGUGACCUGGAGACGGACUUGGACUCUGAACAGAAGCGUCACGUGGAGACCGUGAAGAUCCUGCGCAAGCAGGAGCGCCGCCUGAAGGAGUUGGUCUUCCAGACCGAGGAGGACCACAAGACCAACCAGCGCAUGCAGGAGCUGGUGGAGAAGCUGCAGAGCAAGCUCAAGUCCUACAAGAGGCAGAUCGAGGAGUCUGAAGAGAUAGCCAAUGCUAGUCUGUCCAAGUACAGAAAGACGGUGCAUGAAUUGGAUGAUGCAGAAGAGAGGGCAGGCAAUGCAGAGAUGGCCCUGAACAAGCUGCGCACCAGAAACCGUGCCUCCGUGGGCAAGGGUUUCUCCUCCGUGGAGAUCAUCCAGGUGUCCAAGUCUUCCUCCAAGGGCAGCUCUGAGGAAUAGAAUCCUCCCUGUACAACAGGGUGACGCACACAACAUCCCACUCAUUCUCCAUCCAGAAAGGAUUCUGCAAAAAUGAAGGGGCUGGAAGGCCAACUUGAAACUCCAAAGUCUUAACUAUUCUGUGCAUUGUGAACUGUUUUUCAAGGCCACAGUGCUUAGCAAAGAUUGUUGUUUGUGGAAGUCGUGUGUGUCUGUGUUUUGUGUAUCGUGCUCUCUCUCAUUG